AUGUUAGCGAGGAAAACGGUGGAGAUGAGAGUGUUAGGAAAUUAUGGGUAUCGUGCACGUAAUGAGGAGGGUCAAGCCAUUGUAGACUUCGCUUAUCACACAGACAUGACUGUCAUAAACACAUUUUAUAGUAAGCGUGAAUCACAUAAGAUCACAUACACUAGUGGAGGCAGGCGUACUCAGAUUGAUUACAUCCUGUGCCACAGGGUGCAUUUGAAGGAGGGCAGAGAUUGCAAGGUCAUUCCAGGUGAAAGCGAGGCAAAACAACACCAUGUAGUCAUUGGGAAAAUGAAGCUGACGAGCCGAAGGAGAAGAGAGGUAAAGGCAGAACCUAGAAUCAAGUGGUGGAGACUGCGAGAAAAAGACUUUGGUGCAAAAUUUAGACAGGAGGUAGACCAAAAGAUGAACUGCAACCUGGAUAGACGUAUCAAAUGUAUUGCAGGAAGCAGCAAUGGAAUUGCUUGGUGUGACAACUGGGAAGAUGAAGGGGGACAAAAAAAAAAAUGGUGGUGGAAUGAAGAAGUACGGGAAGCUGUUGUGAGAAAGAAGAAUGGAAGGAGUGGCACAAGAGAAAAGAUAUGA